AUGUCAACAGUGUCAACUCGUCUCCACGUUUGACAUUUGCAAAAUCUGUUUAAUCAAGAAUUAAAUUAAAAAAUCUUCCGAAAUGGUUGCCGAAGAACCAACGCAAAACCCUCCCACGGACGAUCAAACUUCCUCAAAAAAAUCGGAGUCACUGAAGACAUUCACUCUAGAGAUUUUAAAAGUAAUCAAAAACGCCCAACAACAACACGGAUUGCGACAUGGGGACUACCAGCGCUACCGUGGCUACUGCUCCCGCAGAAUCCGCAGACUCCGCAAAGUCUUGAAACUCCCCCAAGGCGAUAGACGCCACUUUAAAAAACGCGAUGUGACCGAGACCCACAUUAAUGACAAAAAAUCCGACGAACGCUACCUAGAAAUCCCCUUGAUGUUGUCUGAGCGGUGCUGGGCGUACGCAAUGCAGCUCCGACAAGAAGCUAACACUGAACCUCGAAAAAAAUUCCACUUAGUGCAGAAGCUGCGUAAAGCUAGCGUUUACGCCUUGCAGUUGGAAGAAUUGUGCCAACAGGAGCGAUGCGACGCUCGUACUAAACUGGAAUCGCAGGCUUACGUCGCGUGGAUUCACGGCAGUCUUCAAUUUGAGUUGCAGAUUUGGACGAAAGCUGCUGAAAAUUUGAAAAAGUCGCAAAUGAUUUAUGAGAAACUGGCUUCGGCUCUGCCAGAGGACGACCAGGCGCCAUAUAGACAAAGAGUGGUGGAAAUUACACCAAGUUUGAGAUACUGUGCUUACAAUAUCGGGGAUGAAAAAGCUGUGGAUUUGUUGGAAUUGCGAAGUCAGGGGAUUUUAGAGAACUUUGACGCUUUGGUGACACAAUCAAAGCAGAAAACUGAGGCCGUGUUGCAUGAAGUGCAAUGGUUUGGGAUUAAGAUUCCUGUUAGAAUUGAGAGAGUUCGUUUGUUUUUGUUGAGUAUUGAAGGAUUGGAUGAUUCUUUGGUUCAUGCUGAGAAUAAUCAAGCGAAAAUUAAAAUUCUUGAGAAUUUAUUUAUUGAUUUACGUGACAUUAUUUCUCUAGCUCGAGGUGUGGUAAGAACUGAGAAACAAGAUCAGCUUUUACUUUCUUACUUGGUGUCUAUUAAAGUUGAGAGAACUUCACAGAGACACUUGCUGCUUAUGCAACAAACAAAAAAACCUCAAGAUUGGGUACGCUUGCUUGACAUUAUCAUUCAGCAGACCACUGAACUGUCUCAGAAUGAGUCAGUUAAAGAUGUGAAAGUGGCUCAAGAUUACUACGUUAAGCAGCUACAAGUUUACAAAGCUCUAAGGAUUUAUUACUUAGCACGCACUCAAGCUACUCAAAAGCGUUGGAAGGAAGCUAUGGUUUUGUAUGAUCUGGCGUCAAAAGCCAUUGCUAAAAUUCCAACGAAAACUAAGUUUAUCCAAGAGUUAGAUGAGUUGUUGAAGAGCGUUAAGGACAAUGUAGAUACUGAUAAAAUCAACGCUCAAGCGAAUUGUGUUCUAGAUCAGCAAGAAGACCAGAGUAUCAGUGUACCUCAAAAAGUGUACAAAAGUAAGAAGCCUCUGAUUGAUCGUUUAGAUGAGUUUAGGGAAGAGCCACAGUUGUUGAGUAAAAAUCCUAAUAUAGUUAAUUUGCCGCCUGCAAUGGAACCUAUCCCAGCCAAACCUUUGUUCUAUGAUUUGGCUUUGAAUUUUGUGGAGUUGCCUGACUUGACCGAGAAGUUGGAGGGUGGGCAACCAAAGCAAAAGGGUGCUGGUAUUUCUGGGUUUGUUAAGGGAUUAUGGGGAUGGGGUAAGAAGUAGGUGGUUAUGGGUUAUUUGAUUCAUUUAUGUCAUAGCAUUUUUUUUUUUGUAAUACAUCAUGAAUGUGGAGUUGGUAUCAACAUGCAUUUACCCAUAAUAUAGUCAUAAAAUACA